AUGAUUUUAGGACUUCUUUCUUUCCAUAUAAAAUCAGCAGAGAUUACCUGCAGAUCAGAGCUCAAACAUGCUGAUCCAAUAUCUGGAUACAAAUUAGCAUGGCUUGGCGUUGUUACAAGACACGGAAUUCGUACACCAAUGGAUUCUUGGACUCCAAAGGAUGUUUCAGGUACUUGGAAUUGCGAUAACUCCGAAGCAUCUGCUCCUCGUAUGCAUGUCAGUCCUUAUAAUGGAUUUCGUCGUCGUUUCCAAAGAGUUAUCGAUCCAAAAUAUGCACCUUUCACACCAAACUGCGAAGCUGGAGAAUUAACCGUUGAAGGAAUGGAGAUGCAUUAUGAGCUCGGAAACUUCUAUAGGAAGUGGCUUGUUAACGAAACUCAAUUCUUACCACCAUAUUUCGAUAAGGAUCAAGUUUCAGUUCGCUCUUCCAAAGUUGAAAGAUGUCUUAGAUCAGCAGUUAGUUUCCUUAAUGGAUUCUAUCCGCCAGCAAAACCCGGUGAGCAUAUUCAGAUUAUCACCGGAUCCGAUUACAGAGAGUUCCUAUACCCAGCAGCCAGUGGAUGUGCGGAUCUUCAGAAAGUUUGGGAUGAUUUCACAGCAACUCAAGUUUUCAAAGAUAGAAUGGCCCGUUCUAAGGCAUUAUAUGAUAAUAUCUAUAAGGCAAUCAACCUUACAGCCGAUGAUACAAAUUGGAUGUUUAUUGGUGACUGGAUUUCUUCAUAUAUGUGCAGUGAUCAAGAAAUCCCAAUCGUAAAGUUCACCGAAGAGCAAACAGUUCAGGCUUUGAAGGAUAUUGCUUAUUUCAGCUAUGGCUUCUUCGGAACUAACAGAGCCGUCGCUGCAUCACCAAUUUGGCGUCAUAUCUUCGCAGACAUUGACGAUUUCAUCGCCAAGAAACCAUCGUCUACAAAAUUCAGACUAUACUCUGCUCACGAUACUACUAUUGCUGCUUUACUGACAAGCCUUGGCUUUACAGAUGAUAAAUUACCACCGUUCAGAUCCCACCUCGAUCUUGAGCUCUGGCAGAAAGGCUCUAAGUACUUAUUUAGAGUUGUUUUCAACGGAAUUCCAAUGGGUGUCGAUUUCAUGAAAAAUGAAAACGCCAACAAUUAUGCAGCCUUCAAACAAGCAUUGGCCAAACGUGGUGACCUUAAAUGGUGCCUUCAGGAGUAUCCAACCAAUUAA